CGGUGGGCGGAGCUUCGAGGCUGUGUGCGGUCCGACCGCACACAGGGCCCGUGAACAGCCCUCGGCUAGUGGCAGGAGAUGACGCAAUGUAGACAUAAACUAUGACGUCAUACUAUUCGUUCUUCUGUUGUUCGCGGCUGCUUAUUGGUUAGCUUUGAAAUUCAUACGUCAUGGCACUUGGACUUGAUUUCGACAGCAGGAGCAGCAAGACAUGCUGGAAAUUCUGAACAAAUCCCAACUGCUCUAUGCCGCAAUUCCGAGAUUUCAAUUUCAAGACGCAAGAUCAAGAUAUCUAUUUCAAUUUGUAUGGAAAUUGGAAUAGGGAUUUGGAUUAACUGAAUGUGAGUGAUUGCUGCUCAGUCACAUCCAUUUGCUGCAUCAUUGGCUUCCGCAGGUCCUCACUUGUGUGUUUGUGCGGCGGUGCCACUGAUUGUAGCGUGGCGACGGGCGUCGGGUGGCCGGGCGGCCGGCUCCGAUGCUGGUCAGGGAUGUGGGGCGGGGAGGCGCCGGCCGGCCGCUGCCGCCGGCUGCUGGUCACCACCGUGCUGCUGCUGCUGCUCGUCGUCACUAUGCUCCUGUACCGGCUGUGCUACUCCUCUCCGGGCACGGUGGUGUGCGCGCGCGCCGGGGCCGGCCGCCUCCACUUCCCACACACACGGCGACGGCUGCCGGGAGCCAUAAUCAUCGGCGCACGCAAGGCUGGGACGCGUGCACUGCUCGAGAUGAUGAACGUCCACCCACAGGUGAUGCGGGCCUCGCGUGAGGUCCACUUUUUCGACCGCGACAACAACUACCGGCGCGGCCUGGACUGGUACCGGCGGCGCAUGCCGCUCUCGUUCGACGACCAGAUCACUGUGGAGAAGUCUCCCAGCUACCUGGUGACACAGACGGUUCCAGAACGGGUGGCCCGCAUGAAUCAGACGAUCCGUCUACUGGUGGUGGUUCGCGAGCCAGUGGCGCGGCUCAUCUCCGACUACGCUCAGUACCUGGACAAGGGGGCUCGGGGCGGCAAGCCGCGGCUACGGCUUCCCGAGCUCGUGCUGCGCCCGAACGGCUCUGUGCGCACCGAGUCGCGCCUCGUCAAGAUCUCCAUCUACCACCGGCACGUGCGCCGCUGGCUGCAGCACUUCCCGUCGGAGGCGCUGCUCAUAGUGGAUGGUGACCGGCUGGUGAGGGAGCCACUGCCCGAGCUGCGCCGUGUCGAGAAGCACCUCAGACUACCGCCCUACCUCAAUGAGAACCACUUCUACUUCAACGACACUAAAGGCUUCUACUGCAUUGCCAACGAUAACGGCAGUAAGUGUUUGGCUGAAUCGAAAGGGCGUAAGCACCCUCCGACCGACCCGCAGCUGGUACAAAAGCUGCGCCGCUUUUUUGCACCACACAACCGGAAGUUUUAUCGGUUGACUCAGAAGAACUACUCGUGGCCUGAGACUUAGUGGACGAUGUAAGCGAUGGCCUCAGAUGGUCCCUCCACACCGCUGGCAGACAUUUUCUAUAUCGUUUUACCUUAUUUGGAAAUGGGUGACCGCAUGUUUUUACAGCUUGCAUUUCAGUUCUGGGUAUCUUAUACGCAUCUCCUACAUCCCACUCCAUUGAAUCACAGUGAGUAGGAAGUGACAUGGGAAGGGCAGAUAAGGUUCAUAAUCUUUGGUACUCCGUACUCGUCCUUCAUUGACACCCAAAAUUAUGUCCAGUUUAGCAGAACUCUUGCCUAAGAUGCCAGCCCUGGUUACCAAUUUUUAUGUGGGUGUGCAUGGGUCAUGGACAUAUAAUGUGUCCACCACUGGAAUCGAGGGGCGAAAUUUAGUGAGCAUAGCUUUUUGUAUGCUUUUCUAGCAUGUGUAGAAAUGUGGUCUGGACGGGUAUCAUAUUUGAGUAGCUGAUCGUAGUUUUCCGGUUAGUUGUGAUGCGCGACGUGUCUGCCACUUACAGUCUGUCCUUUCUGGCAGACUAGACUGGGCUUCAAUGUCUGUCAUGCCAUAGACUUGAAGCAAUGGUUCGCUGGUGGCGCCGCCGUGGGUACGCGAACGACAAGUGAACACUCUGACGCUAUGGCCGCCUCGUUGUAGAGAUGGGAUGGCGUCCAUAUUCUUUUUGUAACGAUAAUUCAUUGUUAAGGUGAGCGAUUUAAUUCCUCAUAAAUAGCAGUCAGUCAAGAGAUCAUAUUAUUGUACAAGAAACAGUACCUUUUUAAGUGCAGCAUUAUUAUCUUGUGAUGAGAACUUGAUUUUGCAGCUUAAUAAUAGCUUACUAAUGGGAAUGGGCUAACAUAUCGUCGCAUAUCACGACAUCAUCGUUAGGUAAUAAGCAUAUGCAUGCUGUGCAUGUAGUCCUGUGCGGUAUUUUCGAUAUAACUUUAUACCGCCAUGCGGUGCGCACAAGUUGGUUUUCCAUUGAGUGUUGAUGGAUGGCGAGACCGAUGCCAUUCUACAGAGACCCUUUUCGUCUGCCUCGUCCGGAGUGUGACGAGCAGCUCGGGCCAGUCGGGCUCUCUCUCAGUUGUCCAUGACUCAUGAGGGAAGCGUUUCACCUGCGUGUGCCUGUGUUGACGAACUAUGACAAUCGCUGUUCUUGAACGUCGAGCUGCAUUCCUUAUUUACUUGUGGAGAUCAUCUACUGUCGACUGAAAGUUGCCUAGCGUAUGCUACUUUCCUUUUUGUGUCCAGUAGGUGUAGUUGAUCUUAUUGCUCCAGUGGUAGUUUCCCAGUAUGCCCAACAUUGAUCAGACGCACGAUAUCGUUCAGCGUAUACUAUGCUUCCAGCGAUGAUAGUGCACAGUGCUUUUGAUUCAGUGAGUGGUGCUGCGCCCACUAGGUAGCUAAGACUGGACUCCACGACCAUUGCGAUCAUGCGUCAACGAAUAUCACCAGCCCAGGUCCUAGAGCUGAGGGAAGAUGUGAGGGAUACCGGCCUAUAAGUAUUGCACUGUAGGCCGUUCAGUAGCCUAUGGACCAGAUCGUGAGUCGGUCACAGAUGUGGCUGAUUGUGGGUAAAUGGGCUUGUCCACAACCGCGAGGAACCAGCUGCAGUGUUUGUGUGGUUAUACACGUCAUGAAAACCACCGCUACCCAUUAUGUUGUCUUCUUUUGUUCCCCGUCGUUCCACGCCAUCCAUUUCUUUUAACAACUUUGUCCUUCCACGCUGUUCUGUUUGACCUUUUCAAUUUUCAAAGCACAUUUUACGUUGUUAACGAGUGUUCGUUGCCGUUCCUAAGUUCUGGCUUUUGGCUCUACGUGACAAUGUCGUGUGUUCAGAUGCUGGACCACCAUAUUCAUUUCCAGCCUUUCCUUAACCCUGCCGGCGUCGCGACUUGCUUGUCCUUUUCCUCGUGUUUUGGUUUGCCUCAAGCGUUCGAUCGGCCUAGUUCUAUAGGAUGAAAUAUCGGUGUGAACUGUACCGUUGCCAAUCACUGCUAGUUUGAAACAGAUGAGUACAGCCGAGCUGUCGAUUGUAGUAAGUGCGAGUGGCAAGCCAGUGUGUUACUGCACAUUGCCAUAUUCGGUUGCACUUGUAUGCAAUGCGCAAGAGCUACUGGCUGCAUGACCCGUUUGCUCCAGGUCAUUACAGUGGUGAACAGACAGUGCAGACCUGUUUUAAGGCCAAUAGUCCAUAAAUGUGUCCGUUUUGGGGCAAACUGUCAUUGCAAGGCGUUAUAGCCUUUUUGUAGUUUGUAGCACCGUGGUAGCUAAAAAACUUGUCAUUUACGUUAUAAAUGUUGUGUGGUUUGGGUUAAGUUCUUGCGUUGUCUAUUUUCGGCGUGUCAAACGCAUCGUUGUAACACGUUUCGCAAAAAAAAAAAUCAAAUAACACACGUUUCGUUUAUCGGCUUUGUGGUUCGUAAGGACCGUUCGUCGAGAACAUUGAGAAUCAAUAAAUCUCGUUAUACGAG